AAAACACAAAUGAUGCACUGAAAUCUUGUUGUCUUAAAUUACGUUUGUCAGGGCUUAGGAAGGUUAAAGAGGCAACGACGCUGUUUCCUUUGCAUGUCACUUAUGCUCACCUCCCUACCUUUUCUGAUUGAGAAAUGAGAACCCUUUCUCUCUCGUCUCUUACCCAUCCUUAUAUAUUCUCUUCUCUCCUUUCUGAUCUAUAUAAAAGAACAGAAAAAACAAAAUUAAAUCCCAGGUUUUAGACUUUUCGCAGUAGUUUAUAUAAACAAUGAACCCACUUCUUUGAAUUUCCCUUCUCCAACCAUGUCUCCCUCUCAAACUCAGAGCAUGUCUUCCACUUCAUCUUCUAUUUGGCUACUUUCUAGUAGGAAGCUUAAGUUCUUUGCUAGAAUCAGAAGGUUUUUGCAAUCCGAAUCAGCAAAUAAGCGAUGUGUGUCAUCAUCAUCUGAUCAUACAAACAAGCUAUUAGUUAAAAGCAAUACUGAUGAAGAGGAAGAUCGAGUUGUUAUAGAGAAAACCGAGAGUGAACUCGACGGUUCGAUGGCGUUGCAAAAAUGGGUCAAGAGACUUCACUUUGGGAGCUGGGAAGAGAGAGAGAUGGCUGCUAUGGCCAUUGGUAAACUCGCUAAAGAAGACGUUAAGGAAAGGAAGUUGAUGGCAGAGCUCGGUGUUAUAAAUAUGCUUGUGUCCAUGGUGGCUACUGAGGUGGCUGGCCGCCGUUUAGCCGCCGUCAAGGCAUUGAUCGAGCUUGCUGACUUUACAAACAAUGCACUAAUGCUAGAAGCUGGAAUAUUAUCAAAGUUGCCGAAGGACAUUGAUGUUGUAGACGACCAAACGAGGCAUGAAUUUGCACAACUGUUAUUAUUAUUAUCUUCGAUAUCAAACACCCAUUUCUCUCUAGCUAAAACGGAGGUUAUCCAGUUUCUCAUCGGCAUUCUUGAGUCGGCUUCCGGCAUUCAAACUAAAGAGAUCUGUUUAGGUGUUGUUUGUAACCUGUCUGCUGUGUUUGAAAAUGCUGGGCCUUUGGUAUCUAAUGGAGUUGUAGACACUGUUUUGAAGCUAUCUUCAUUCAAAGAACAUUCAGAGAAAGGCCUUGCAGCACUAGGUCACUUGGUGCUGACUUUGAUGGGAAAAAAGGCUAUGGAAGAUAGUUCGAUGGUACCAGAGAGCUUCAUUGAGAUUCUAACAUGGGAGGACAAACAGAAAUGUCAAGAAUUAUCAUCCUAUAUUCUGAUGAUUUUAGCUCAUCAAAGCUCCGCUCAAAGGUAUAAAAUGUCCAAGGCAGGAAUAGUUCCGGUACUUCUGGAAGUGUCUUUAUUAGGAAGCCCUUUAGCUCAGAAGAGAGCAAUGAAAUUGUUACAAUGGUUCAAAGAUGAAAGGCAAGCAAAGAUGGGGCCUCAUUCUGGACCACAAACAGGAAGGGUUGUCAUGGGUUCGCCUCUGCAUCCAAGGGAGGCUCAGGAAGGAAAGAAAAUGAUGAAGAAUCUGGUGAAGCAAAGUCUUCAUAAGAAUUUGGAGAUGAUCACCCGACGAGCAAAUGCUGCCGGGGAUUCUUCAAAUCUCAAGUCAUUGGUCCUCAGCACAAGCUCUAAGAGCUUGCCUUACUAAAACGUUUCAUAUAAUUAAUAAUUAUUGUAAAUGAUGGGAAAGAAAGAUAAUGAAGGUUAUUUCCCAGUAUA